AUGAAUACAUUGGAGUGUAGAAUAGCUGAGCUGGUACAGAUGUAUCCGCACCUGUACGAUCACUCACGGAGAGGCUUUAAAGAUUCGGAGAACGCAUUUAAUUCCUGGAAAGAAAUUGCAAUGAUGCUUGGUGUCGACGACCCAGAGUUAUGCAAAGCAAUGUGGAGAAACAUCCGAGACAAGUUUACCAAAGCCAUGAAAAGAAUGAAAGGAAAGAGUGGAGAUGAGGCGGCGAGUACCAAAGUACCCAGGCUGUUUUUGGAGAUGUCCUGGCUCAAACCUUUUGUUCAACACCGACAAACUGUGUGCAACAUACCAUCUUUUGAAAAGGUUGGAAGUGAUGACUCUCAAAAAGAAGUGGUGGCUGAUGAAUUGUUUUCAUGCACAUCAUCUCCAUCCACAGCCCCACCAUCAUCAUCCUCUGGUCCCACCAGUGACAGUGAGGAAGAGGAGCAGUGCUCAAUGAUUUCCCUGGAUGACUUUGGCACUUCAGUAUCGCAGAGGUCAAAUACUCCAUGCAAAGCUGCUACAAAUUCAACGAUGCAGUCAACUCUAUCCUCACCACCUUCUGUGCCAUGCAGCAAAACGAAAAGGAGAAGGGAUAGUGCAGAUGAUGGCAUUGGAGAGCUACUGACUUUAGUUGAGAAAGACAAAACAGAUAGUUUUGAUAGUCAUGCACAGAUUGUCGCAGACUUCAUGCGCAAACUACUGACACGGCACGGUGCCAUCUUCAAAAAACGUCUACAAGACGUUAUGUUUGACAUUGAGAUGCAGCUACUGGAAGAGAAAGAGACUGGUACAACACAUUAG